UUGAGAACAGAGAGUACCUUCGUCUUCUUCCUCUAAUGGUGUAGGGUUUGUUGUGAUUUCUCAAAGUCUGACUCAAUUGAAAGAUAAUACUUUUUUAGCGACUCAUUUGUCUAUUUCCAGAUUUUCAAAGAUGGUGAGGAAGCGGAAAAAUCUACCCAAGAAGUGUUCUACUAAGGGAUACACGGGGGGUGAUGAUGAAGAUCGGAUAAGUGAGCUCCCAGAUGAUAUUCUUGUUGUUAUAUUGUCUUUGUUAUCGGUAAAGGAAGCUGCAAGUACGAGUAUUCUUUGUUCGCGGUGGAUAAACUUGUGGAAACACACCAAUUCUCUCGACUUUGAUGGAGACGCUGCGCUGUACAAGACUGCAAGGCUAAAGAAGGAGUUACAGUUCAACGAGAGGCGCAAGUAUGUGAGAUGGGUGAACUCUAUUAUCCAAUCGCACAAAUCUCACACCAUUCAAAAGCUUAGAAUCCAAUUUUUUUUAAGAAAAGAAGAGGCAGAUACACUCACUAAGUGGUUUGAAUAUGCGUUUUCCAGACAAGUUCCGUCGUUGGAGAUUGACCUUUCACCACCAAAUUUUAUCUUUUUCGGCAGCCCUGGCCCAAAUUAUGUUUUCCCUCAAGAGUUCACCAACUCAGCCACUUGUUUCGAUUUAAAACACCUCAAAGCAUUGUCUUUGAAAUUUGUUACCGUCACUCGCGAAGCUAUUGAGUUCUUUUUGAAUAAUUGCCCAUUCCUUGAAAAAUUUAUUGUCCAUCACACAAAAAGCAUGUCAAAGCUUGAAAUUUGUGGUUCAUCCCUCGCUUUAAAACACUUGGAGCUUUGCUACUUCUUCGGUUUGGAUUCGGUUAGGAUUUCAGCACCAAAUCUUACUUCACUCACAAUUAGGGUAUUUUCGGAACUCAUACUUGAGAAUGUCCCAAUGCUUGAUGAAUUGCGUGUUGGUUGCGGUUAUAGUGAUUUUUCUGUCAAGAAGUUACUUCCUGCAUAUUCUGCCUGCAUUUCACAGUUGAAGAGUCUUACCCUAAUUCUCAACAACUUAAAGGGAAGUACAGAUCUGUGCAAGUUUCCCGAAAUGCCUAAGUUGAAGAAGUUGGUGAUAGCCUAUUGCUCAGUGGGUGAAGAUAGUCUCCUACCAUUGACUUCUUUGAUAAGGGCAUCUACUCGUCUACAGGAAUUUGUUUUAAAGCUCGACUGGUAUCAACUUUCAAGGUCAGAUAGAGAAAUCGAGACUAGUGUAAGGUUUCCCCACGAGUACCUUAAAGUGGUCAAGUUUUUUGGUUAUUACGGUCGGAGCAGUGAUUAUGAAUUUGUCAGGUACUUUAUAGAUAAUUGUGUCGUGCUUGAGAGACUGAUUAUUGAUCCCCACUGUGUACCAUAUGCACCGCAUGAUCCAAUUACCCCUACUAAAUUAGCUAAGGAAGUAACUGCAAUGGAAUGCACCAAGCGACAACUUGAAUCACAAGUACCUGCCCACAUCGAAUUGGUUAUAAUUCCUUAAUUAAUAGUUUGUGUUGUAUUUAUGAGUUUAAACUAUCACUAAUUAUGUUAUUUUGAUCAUGGAUAUUAUUGGAUGUUGAAAGCAUUUCUAAUAUUUUUUGGCAUCUA